AUGACCCCCACCAAAGCUCCGGACAAGGUCUUUCCAAUCACAACAUUUAUCUCAGACCUACCGACCAACCUCAUCCAGCAGUACCUCCCAUCAUCUGAAAAUGGCCGCAAUGGACGCUUGGUUAUUGUCGGCGAUGUACAUGGGAUGAGAAAGUCCUUGGAAGCACUGCUAGAUAAAGUCGGCUUCGACAAAAGCAAAGGAGACCAUCUCAUACUAGUUGGCGACCUAGUCAAUAAAGGGCCCGAUAGCCCUGGUGUUGUUGAUCUAGCCAUGAGUCUAGGAGCCAGCGCAGUGAGAGGAAACCACGAUAAUGCAGUUCUUAAUGCGGUCGUGGAAAUAAAUGCCGUGCGGAAUAGUCAAGUACCUCCCAGAGGCUUGACUGACAGUCCAGCCGUACCUGAAACCCCUGAAGGUGAUACCGCCGGAGAUCCCGAGAUCCUUGACAAAGGUGUAUCUGCUACAAGCGAGAUGAAGAUGAGAGCGAGCCCUAGAACGCAGAGUACAGCAAUGGCACUUUCGACGCACCAGAUUGACUGGCUUGCGGCUUUGCCUUUGAUCUUGCGCAUCAAUCUCCCUCAUAACUUAACAUCACCCUUCGGUGACACUUUGGUUGUGGUUCAUGCAGGCCUCGUUCCUGGCAUCCCAAUUGAAGAGCAGGAUCCACAUGCUGUAAUGCAUAUACGGAGCCUGGUCCGUGAAACCAGCAAUGAAAAUGGACUUACACCGACUGAAACUUUCGGAGAAGAAGGCUGGAUUAUGGAAUGGGAUCGGUGGCAAGCCAGUCUAGCGUCCAACACGACGGUGAUAUUUGGGCACGAUGCAAAGCGUCGUCUGCAGCGGGGCAGAUAUGCGAUUGGUCUGGAUUCAGCGUGUUUAUACGGCAAUCAAUUAAGCGCAGUUGUGAUUGAGGCCCGCGAUGGGAGAAUUGAUCAUGAGAUUGUUCAAGUUGAAUGUGCUGAUACACCUGUGGCGCCAACAGUGUCGGCGAAAGAAGGCGAAACGGAUUCUUGUAAGAUAAAUAAGACGUGA